AUGUCUGAAGAAGUAUGGAGUGGAAAUCAAGGGAUCCUGUCCGUAUAUGUGAGCAAAGCCAGGGAUUUGCCCAAUCUGAAUAAGCUAGACAAACAAAAUGUAAUGCUUAGACUACGAAUCGCUCAUAUGACAAAAGCCAGUAACACUUUACAUCGGGCGGGCCAAAACCCUGUUUUCCGUUACUUGGAGAAAUUUGAUAUCACCCCCGAGAUAAAGCCUUUAAUGUACGUGGAAGUUUAUUGUGAUAGAAGGAAGAAAUCUCCUCUUCCAAUUGGGAGAUGUGAAAUAGAUCUGUUAAAUGCUAUUAGAGCUGAUCCCAAGGAGGGCUACUGUACCUGGUACGAACUGAAAAGGAGUGGGGAUGAGUUUGCCGGUACAAUAUUCAUUGAGUUGACAUUCACACCCAAAGUGCCUCGUUUGAAUAGAGAUGACCUUAACAAAGAAACGGAUAGGCUGGAUUCAUCCAUGGCAAUGAGGCCGAUACCACCGCUGCCAACGGAGUUGGAAUAUGACUAUGUUCAUGGUUCCACAAUGAGACAGAUCACUCCGCAGUUGAGCGGCACAAGCACUAAAAAUAGACCUGAAGGACAGUAUUAUAAAAAUGCAAAUAUUUUUUCGAUGUCGUCCAAAUCGGAUACGGCCCUGUUAGCCAAUGAUAAUGACCCGAUCGUUUUGCCCCCCACUUUUGCAUCUUCCAUGGGUACAACUUCCACAUUAGAGACCAACGAUACCGCUAUAUCAAAUACUUCGGAUACCAAGUUUCAUUUUGCCAAUCUGAGGAAGUUAAAGGAGAAGAUAAAUAUAUUCAAGAAUCCAGAUAGUUCGACAAACAAUUGCCAGAGUGAAUCUAAUAAAGUGGACAUCGAAGCACUUCAAAAAGCUAUUGGUGUAACUUCGUUGUCUUAUGAUGAUGGUGAUGAUGAUGAUGACGAAGUCAGCGCACAGGAAGCGUUCUAUACCUCUAGCCAUAGAGUCUCCCAUAACUUGAAUCAACCGCCUCUACCUCCCAUUCCGGCCAGAGAUGAUAUGUCCAAUUGUUCGAGCUCACACAAUCGACCCUUAGUGCCGAGAGGUAGGAACUCACGCCAGAAUUCAGUUCCCUCCAGCCCACGACCUCAUUCAUCAGUCCUGAAUUCUCCAAAAUUACCACCACUACCAACUGGUUCAAAUUCCAACUUCAGUUCGAGGAAAAAUUCAGUGUCGCCCACAAGGCGAAGACCACCACCGAGGUUUUAG